AUGGCGUCCAUCUCACGUCAACCUUUUGCGCCCCUCGACGGCACCCGACUGCAGAAUCUGACGAGCAUUAAGAAUAGACAGAAUGCUGCUCCAUCAGCUACUGGCGGUAAGCGCAAAGCUUCAGAGAGCGUAGAAACCGACGAUUGCGAAAAUGUCGACCCGUUUGCUUUCUCCAAGCGAUCUAAGAGCUCCGAAACCUUCUACCCGUCAAAGGAUGUCCUUAAGCCCUCGUCUUUCGUCCUAACCAAGGCCGCGCCUCUCGCUGCCAGCCCUAUGUUGAACUCCUCAAGGCCUACCCUAUCUCGCCCUCGCAGUUUACUCCAGCCCAAAUCGCCCUCAGCUAAGAUCAAUACGGCUAUCGCCAAGUCCUCCCCACUCUCAGCUCCCGCUGGUCGUUCGCCAACUCGCGGCAAGAGAUCCGGCAUCCUUUCAAACCGUCGUAGAACCGCUGGCCCCUACACGCGCGUAGAUCCGCCUGCCUUCAACCUCCCUUCAUCCUCCUCGGCACCAUUCAGCCUCGAUGCUGCUCUCAAGGGGACUAUCCCGAGCUAUGCUGCCCGUUCUACUGUUGCCACAUCCUCGCGGAAUGCCGUGAAGGACCUUGUUGACGAGCCUGAUUUGAAGGCAUCUUGGUUCUUUGAUAUCCAUGAGGAUACGCCAGAGCAGGAAAUGACCAACAUGCUCCAGCACGGCACAUGUGUCCUCGACAUAAGCUCUGAUGAGGAGAGUGAACGCAAAGCCAGCAGGGACCGCGCAGAGGGUCGUGACAAGGAAAAUGUGCCGCCUGUCGAUGAUGUGAGCCAGAUAUCUGCACGUCGCUCUGCUCGUCGUACUAGCGAGGACGAGAUGAUCUUUGAAAAGGAGAGGAUAGCUCUGGGCGAGAUGGAUGCCAGCGAGUUUUAUGCGUUUGGCUGCGACGAGUCAUCGAUCAUUAUCGUCCCCGCCGACGAAGAGGAAGAGGAGGAGAGCGAGGUGGCCCCCCAAGCCGCAGUGCCCGAACUCAAAGAGCCUGUUCCGGAACUCACAGCAGCCCCGCUCGAGGAACCCUUGGAACAACAAGGUGUAGACGAGCUCAUGGGCAAAUCUACAGAGACAGCGGCCAAGGCUGCGCUCUUGGAGCCUAUGGAGGGCACCGGUGAGAGCUUUGAGCUGUGGGAAAGUGGAAGCGCCAAAGAUGAAUCAGAGGUGGUAGUUGCUGAAUGCUGA